UUCACUACGCGCAACAUUGAAACGCAGGCUGUUAAGCCGGCUUUGUUGUUUUCUAAACGGGAUCGAGUGUUCCAGGAAACUAGGGAACACGGCGUCGUCUUGAGGGAGCCCAAGCCCUAAGGCUUCCAGUGGGCGCGACGCUGCGCGAUAUUUUACCUGCUUUAAGCUUCCUUCAUGUAUAGUGUAGGAGUUUAAACAUGGCAUUUGACACAGUUCGGUGGGCACUGCUUCCUCUGUUGCUCAUUGGAGCUGUCAUAGCUCAGGAUGAUGACACGCCUUGUGUGACGGAGGACGGAGAGAAGUAUUUUGAUGGUGACACGUGGUUUAAGCCGGACACGCCUCACGUGGUGUGCGAGUGUAUCCGGGGACGAAUCGAAUGCUUCGAGGACGAAGAUUAUGAAAAAGAAGUAGAAGAACCCGCCCUAAAGCAAGAAUCCCAUGUCUUCACCGAGAUUCAACCGGGUCCGCAAGGUACUCCGGGAGAGCAAGGUUCCAUGGGGAUGCAAGGUUUUAUUGGUGGGCGUGGCGAGGACGGAGAGCACGGAGUUCCGGGACCCCCGGGCAAUGUGGGAAGUACCCUCAUGUCUGCGGAUCAGGCCUAUCAGAACUACUACCAGGCCCUCUACGGUCAGAAGUCCGGCGGUUUCCAGAUGGGACCCCAGUAUCUCACAGCCAACGUGGGUCCACAAGGCCCGCGUGGCGCGGGUGGUCUCCAGGGCCCAGACGGUCAGCAAGGUCUGCAGGGUCUACGAGGAUCCCCGGGAGAGCCCGGACCCCCAGGACCCCCCGGUCCAUCAGGCCAGCCAGGACCCCCGGGUACAGCGGGCCCCGAUGGCGACAACGGACGUAACGGCGCACCCGGCCAACGAGGACCGCAAGGCAACAAGGGACCGUCCGGACCACCGGGUAUGCCAGGCAUGCCGGGAAUGAAAGGACACAUCGGAUUCCGUGGUAUGGACGGAGAAGCAGGCGAGCAAGGAAAUCCAGGAGAGAAGGGUCCCGACGGCCCAGUUGGACCCGCGGGAAGACCUGGCCUCCAGGGAACACGCGGUAUCCAGGGAGACAGGGGACAGGACGGAUCACCAGGGCCACUGGGUCUUCGAGGAGUUGACGGACUUGCCGGUCAGCCCGGCCCGCCGGGUAAUGUCGGCAACAUGGGAUCCCCAGGGUACCCUGGUAUUCCUGGACUCAAGGGUGAGUCGGGCGCUGCUGGUCCCAAGGGAGCUAGCGGUCCACAGGGUCCCCGUGGCGAGAACGGCGCUGCAGGACCCCCGGGUGAGGAGGGGCGACAAGGGCCGUCCGGAAGAGAUGGUGGUAAUGGAGAGAAGGGGUCGUCGGGUAACUCCGGCCCUGCCGGACCCCCAGGAUUUCCCGGCCCAAGAGGACCUAACGGAGUCAACGGAAGCCCAGGUGCGCCCGGUCCCAAGGGUCAUGAGGGCAUACCCGGUAACUAUGGUUACAAAGGUUCACGUGGUGCCAAGGGCGCCCCUGGUAUCGACGGAGAACGAGGACCGCCCGGACCACCUGGAUCAGAGGGAAAACGCGGCGAGGCUGGACAACCGGGACCCCAGGGAACGCAAGGAUUGAGCGGCGAAAGAGGCAAUCCUGGCGACCGAGGUUUCCCCGGCAGCAUGGGAGAGCCUGGACCAUCAGGAGAGCCGGGCGCUCCGGGAGCACGUGGUAACCGAGGUUCAAGUGGAGCAUCCGGAAUGCCUGGACGCCCCGGACCUUCGGGACUCCUCGGAAAUAGGGGACCUCCCGGGCCCGCCGGAAGGGACGGUGCCGUCGGUCGGACUGGACCUCCAGGUCCAACAGGAAACAACGGACGUGCUGGCGAGAAUGGCCCCAUGGGGAGCCCUGGAAUCCCAGGCCUUCAAGGACCCCGCGGAAAUUCAGGCGAGAGGGGAGAUGCAGGACGCGACGGAUCCCCCGGACCCCAGGGCCAGCCCGGCCCCUCUGGUGACAGCGGAGCGCCAGGACCCCAGGGCAACCCGGGACGACCGGGUGUACAGGGAGAAACGGGAGAACGUGGACCGACAGGCAAUUCAGGACCACCAGGUUUCCAGGGGCCGCCAGGCAUGCAAGGACCUCCGGGUGAACCCGGUAAACCAGGCGAGCCGGGCAGGCCAGGGGAACCUGGGCGAGCCGGAAGGACCGGGUCCGCGGGAGAACGUGGGUACCCCGGAGAGCAGGGACCGCCAGGUGGCGUCGGCGCACCGGGAGACACUGGCGCCAUCGGACCAACCGGGAGAGCCGGAAACAGGGGUUCACCUGGAGGACCGGGACCGAAGGGAGACAUCGGAAGCCCAGGAGUUCUUGGAGCCCCUGGUAUUCGAGGUGGAGCUGGACCCCCGGGAGGCAAGGGAGAACUCGGUGAACCUGGUAUGCCUGGUGAGGAUGGCAAGGUCGGACGUCCCGGACCCCCGGGUCAGGUUGGAACCCCGGGGCCCCCAGGAGAUCCGGGUGAAACACCACCCAAAGGUGAGCGCGGAGACCCAGGCUUCACAGGCCAGGCAGGACAACCGGGAGUGGUGGGCCCAAGGGGUCAGAAGGGUCCUUCGGGCGAGGCGGGCCCUCCCGGAAUGAUGGGUAAUGCCGGCAACCCCGGACCGAAAGGCCCACUGGGAGCCCCUGGCGAGAAGGGGGAGCAAGGUGAACCCGGGGAGCCUGGAGUGCCUGGAAAACCCGGCAACACGGGUGCGCGUGGAGUAAGAGGACAGAAAGGAAGUCGUGGAGACAGAGGCUCGCAGGGCCUUCCGGGACAAGAUGGCGCUCUAGGUCGCCCGGGACCGCAAGGUCAGUCCGGAAAGCAGGGUGCCAUCGGUCCCCCUGGCGUCCCAGGAACUGACGGAGUGAAGGGAGCUCGCGGUCCUACUGGGCCCAUGGGACAAUCGGGAGAAGACGGAGUCCCAGGGUCGCCUGGUCUUCCGGGCCAGAAGGGAUCUCAAGGAGAAAUCGGACCGGCGGGAGAACCAGGACCAAUCGGCCCAGUCGGCCGUCAAGGUGACUCGGGCGAGCCUGGGCUUCCGGGAGUUAUGGGCGAGACAGGCCCAAUGGGCCGACUUGGAGACCGAGGAGCUCGUGGAGAGCCGGGUCGCCCAGGAAACGACGGUAUCCCUGGCACCCAGGGUCCACCAGGUCCCCCAGGAUCGAUGGGACCCGUAGGGGCACCAGGAGAUCCCGGGCCCCCGGGACACAACGGAUUGCAAGGUCUAUCAGGACCACGUGGUGAUCGCGGCAUGCUGGGAGACCAGGGACCGCCUGGACCCACGGGUGCUACUGGAUUCAUGGGACCCCCAGGCCCAACCGGCCAACCCGGAUCUGCCGGACCUCGCGGUGAACAGGGAGAAGUGGGACCUUCUGGUGCCGCUGGCGCUCCAGGACCGAGAGGACCACCGGGUGCCCAAGGCUUGGAGGGACUUCCGGGAGAGCCAGGCGGGGAGGGACUUACAGGCGACAAGGGAGACCCAGGUUUGAUUGGUCUUAUGGGACUUCCGGGACCCGAGGGCCCACGUGGUGACGACGGACUACCAGGUCCCCCGGGACCGCAAGGGCAGAGGGGACCUGACGGCCCCCGCGGCAGCCCUGGUCUAGAUGGCCAACCAGGACCGGCCGGACCCCCGGGACCAACGGGUCGCCGUGGACCGGAAGGAGAGGACGGACGCCCCGGCCCAGCGGGACCGGAAGGACCCCCAGGCCAACCAGGACCCGCAGGCCAGCCAAUGUACGCCCAGGCUGUUGGAAACUGGUUCGGCCGCGCCAGCAACUUCAAAGGACCCGCAAACCCCUACCAGGCCGACAGCGAUGCACCGGAAAGCGAUAAGCAAGCCCUCUCGAAGCUGAGCGAGGUUGACGAGAAGAUCCAGAAAAUCAAGGCGCCCACUGGACAGCCGGAUGCGCCCGCCAUGUCCUGCCACGACUUCAAGGUGCACAACGUUCAGGAGGCCAAGAGAGAUCGGAAGAUCUGGAUCGAUCCAAACCGAGGCGACGAGUCCGACAAGAUCCAGGUGGUCUGCGAGUUCCGGUCAAAGAUCACGUGGACCUGCAUCCACCCCGCCAAGUACGAGUUCCAGACCCGCCGCUGGGUGAACGCCCCUCUCUCCAGCUACAAGUGGUUCUCCGACAUGCAGAAAGAGGCGCUCAACGGACAGUACAGUCAGGACGAUUUUGAGUUCGCCUAUGACGCCCGCCGUUCCCAGAUUAACUCCCUGGCGGAAGUGAGCAGUAUGGCGCGCCAGGAUAUCGUCGUCAACUGUAACAACACCGUCGCUUACUACGACUCUGCAACCCAGGCGUACGACCAGGCGGUGCAACUCCGGGCCUACGACGAGAAGAUCCUCACCGCUGGCGGCAAGAAGCGGAAGAAGGGCACGCUCAAAUAUGACGUCGACGAACGCGAAGAUGGUUGCAUGUCUGGUGAUGUUGCUGGCAAGUCCAAGAUCGAGAUACGCACGCGGAAGAUCAGACUGCUCCCCAUAGUGGACAUCGCUGUCAGGGACGCUGGUGACGUCAACCAGGAGUUCGGCAUCACUCUGGAGCCCGUCUGCUUCGGAACGAACGUCGAGAAUGCCGCCUCCAGCAAGGACGACGACGCGGAGGAAAUGGAAGAGGAGCAGAUGUAGAUACAAUCAUCAUGAAAACUUAAUUCAGCUACCCAAAUGCUUUCCCAUCUUAGCAGGUUGAUUUGCAGACAGAGACGUAACGUGAUUUCAUUAUGCGUGUUAACAAAGAUGUAAACCUACGCGAAGAUUACGCGACGAAACGCGCUCUUGACGGGGCGUGUUUUUGUCCGUAUGAUGCCUGUGAAGAAUAUUUAAGUCCGCUCCGCAAUGUUUGUGUAUAGCGUGUAAGUGAUGACAUGUGAGCAAGUGAUUUCACGUGAUUAUUCUUAUGUUUGUUUUUAGCUUAGAUAUACACAUUCCUUAUCAUGAAACAGUUAAGAUCAGGGAAUGACUCCAUACAAGUGUUCGUUUGACUGUAGUACAGCGUUGUCGAAGCAUCUACCAUUCAUCGUGAAACCAAGGAAGUGACGUCAUUCUCUAUGCUUCGGUUAGCCAUGAUACUGAACGGAUGACGUCACUUCCCGUAUACUGCGCACCUGUGAUAAUUUAGUGUGAUAAACACUACAGCCGUGACUAUUAUUGACAUCGUUGCUUUAUUUGUAUGUAUGAUAUAUGUGUCCAUGCUAAUUUCGUGUCGUUGUAUGAUAUAAAAUGAGUUGGAAAUAUACACAAAAAGCGAU